UUAUGCAAGAGACAGGGGUACUAGUGAGAAGUAUGAGGGAGCAAGUGGGAGAUAAUAUUUGAGAAUCCCGUUUGCUGUAUCAAUUGAUGAAACUGGCUUGAAAAUAAUUAUAUUCAAAGACCAAAAUAUUUCUUCAAAGAUUACGUUUGCUUCAUUAAAAGUUAUGAGUAGAAAUAUUCAAAAUGGUUUUUAAAGAACUGGAAUCUCUUGCCAACAACUUACCAUUCCUGCUAAAAGUGAGAAGAGGAGAGAUUCACAGUUUUAUCUUUGGGGCCACAGUUUAUUUCAGGACAAAGAGAGAUCUUUAAAAACCAAAAAUGAAGUGGAAAUUUACGUGCCGGUUGUUGGCACUGUUCAUUCUUCUAAAUCACCCAACCCCAACUCUUCCAUCCUCUUCAAGUAAAAGCAAACCAACAAUAGAGCCUGAGCCAUAUCUGUACGUCAUAGGACGAAAGAAGCUGAUGGAGGCAAAGCAGAAGUGCUACGAACGAAUGCAACAAUUGCCCCCGUACCAAGGAGAAGGUCCAUACUGCAAUCGCACCUGGGAUGGAUGGAUGUGCUGGGAUGACACACCGGCUGGAGUACUGACCUUUCAGUUCUGCCCAGAUUAUUUUCCGGAUUUUGAUCCAUCGGAAAGGGUUACAAGAUACUGUGAUGAAAACGGUGAUUGGUUUAAACAUCCUGAGACUAAUCAAAGCUGGUCCAACUAUACUCUGUGUAACGCUUUCACUCCUGAGAAACUGCAGAAUGCAUACGUUCUGUACUAUUUGGCUCUUGUGGGUCAUUCUUUGUCAAUUUUCACCUUAGUCAUUUCCCUGGGGAUUUUCCUAUAUUUCAAGAACCUUGGCUGCCAAAGGGUAACCCUGCAUAAGAACAUGUUUCUGACUUACAUUCUGAAUUCCAUCAUUAUCAUCAUCCACCUGGUUGAGGUAGUACCCAAUGGAGAGCUUGUGCGAAGGGACCCGGUGAGCUGCAAGAUUCUGCAUUUCUUCCACCAGUACAUGAUGGCCUGCAACUAUUUCUGGAUGCUCUGUGAGGGGAUCUAUCUCCAUACUCUCAUUGUGGUGGCCGUGUUCGUCGAGAGGCAGCACAUGCGGUGGUAUUAUCUCUUAGGCUGGGGGUUCCCACUGGUGCCAACCACUAUCCAUGCUAUUGCCCGGGCCCUGUACUUCAACGACAACUGCUGGCUGAGUGUGGAAACCUAUUUGCUUUACAUAAUCCACGGCCCUAUCAUGGCAGCAUUAGUGAUCAACUUCUUCUUUUUGCUGAACAUUGUCCGGGUGCUUGUGACCAAAAUGAGGCAAACCCAUGAGGCGGAAUCGUACAUGUACCUGAAGGCUGUGAAAGCCACUAUGAUCCUUGUGCCCCUGCUGGGAAUCCAGUUUGUUGUCUUUCCCUGGAGACCUUCCAACCAGGUGCUUGGGAAGAUCUAUGAUUACCUGAUGCAUUCUCUGAUUCAUUUCCAGGGAUUCUUUGUCGCGACUAUCUACUGCUUCUGCAACAAUGAGGUCCAAACCACCCUGAAGCGCCAAUGGGCGCAGUUUAAAAUCCAGUGGAACCAGCGUUGGGGAAGCCGCCCCUCCAACCGCUCUGCUGCUCGUGCUGCAGCUGCAGCUGCAGCAUCUGCUGAGGCUGGCGACAUCCCCAUCUACAUCUGCCAUCAGGAGCUGAGGAAUGAGCUUGCCAUCAACAUCCCAGAUGAGGAGGGUGCUGAGAUCAUCCCUUUGAAUGUCAUUGAGCAAGAGUCAUCCGCUUGAAUGUGAAGCAAACACAGCAUUGUGAUCACUGAGCCUUCAUUUCCUGGGAGAGAGAUAAAUCAUGCAUUUAAAGUGAUUCCCAUCCUCCCAGGUGCUGAGCAUAUCAUUUGUGAAGAAUUAUUAAGUGAAUUUGUCCAUAGUAAAUCUGGAGAAAGUUAUUCUUGGUACUAUUGCUUUGGGAGACAGUCUAGGAAUGGAGUCUCCCACUGCAACUUGUGAACUCCAUCAUU